GUUAUGAGUAAUACAAUUCAAUGUUUUCCUUGUUCUUUCUUUUGAUUGCUAAGUUCUUUGACAAAAGCACAUGGGUGAUUGAGAAUAGUUCACAAGGAGAUCGUAUUCCGUUUGAAGUGAAUUUUUGGUGGAUUUUUAUURCAAUUUAUGCAAAAUUAYCGUCUGUUUUCUUGAGCAAUUUAGAGGUCACGAAAGGUCUUUAGUGACUGACGGACCAUGGAUAACAAUAAUACUCUUCCUUAUGGAGCGAUUUCGUCGAGGAAUGGCAGCCUUCAUCCCGAAGAAAGACAUUUUGUACCAGGAAAUUCAUCUUCAKCUGUCAAUAACACGACUUUCAAUCCUCUAUUGGUUGCGAGAAAURUUGGUCUUCAUCACCAAGACCAGGACAGAAUCAACUACCAUUUUCCAACAAGACAYUCUCAUUCUUCAAGCCGAAGRAGUCCYUACAGAAUCCCACACUUUUAUCAUAAUUCACACAGUAGGAAUGGCCAUAAUGCUGCUUUAUCUUCUUUAAAUUUAAACGAUUCAGAUGUUUCAUUAAUUAUUGAUAAUAAUAUCCCAGGCAGGGAUAUCCAAGGACUUAAUAGCCAUUUAAGUGGUACAACAAUAUCAARUGCACCUAGUAAUAGGUAUUUUCAUCCACCYUGGUCUGCUGAAGAAAGAACACAAGGUGAAACUUCAAGAGUGUCUAACAGUUGUUUAGAUGCAAGUAUGACUGGUAGGACAGCAGCUCAUUUACCCAUUAUUAAAGAAGAAACAACACCAAGUGGAGCAAACUCCAGUGUUGAUGUCUAUAAAAAACAUACUGGAUUGAAAAGAAGAGUAAGCAAAGAUGAUGCUGAAGAAAACUUGCCAAGACUAGCUUCAAAGGUCCUUCUCACUGAAGAAAAGAUGGCUGCCAAGAUGCAUAAUUUGAGUAUCAGUAAUGAUCAUUCUUAUCAUCUKAAUGGGCUUCAGCAGGCUAAUCUAGCCAGUUCCAACAAAGUCAUGUCUGAUGUGCGAUACUCUUCGAUGACAGAAAGUGGAUUUUGUUAUAGUGGGAAAGACAGUGGUGAGCAUAAAGAGGAUGAUAACAACAACAUGGGAAGUGGAGAUACAGCAAUGUUUGUGCUUGCACCAGGUAUUAAAGAGGCACUUGCAAAGAAUAAUCAAGUUCUUCCACAGUCAGUAAUAGACCACUUGAGGAAACCUUGCCUUGCYGUGAUUCCAUGGAUACCACAGGAUGAUGUCAUGGCCAAAAUAUCCUCAAACUUCAACAAAACAGAUGAUGAGAAAGUUGCAGAKAAAAACACAGAUUACUUCAAAAAUAGAAUCAUUGGUGACAGUAAUCAUCAAGCUAAUGUUAUCACUGAAAGGGCUGUGCAUUCUGAUGCUAUGGAUGAUACAUUUGAAUUUGAUGAAGAUGACAUGGACUUAUGAUAGUCAURAGCUAUUUAUUGUUAUAGUAAUUUAUAUUAUAAAAGUUCAGUCAGUGCACAUUUUAUUAGUUCAUGACAUGAGCUUGUUCUGGAUUUUUGUCAGGCAUUUAUCUAAAUAUUAUAUAGGCAAGAACUUCAAAAUGCUAUGUGCUAAAAUUUACUUUGUUCAAAAACUUGUGUUAUACUAAAAUGGAAAAUUUGAAUUUGUUACAAUUUGUGUUUGUACAGAUAAGUGUAUAAAAGAAAUAAAUAUUCUAAGUACGGUAA